AUGUCUAUCGCUCGACAACUUCUACACGAGAUCCGCCCUUUGUUUCGAAUGAUGGAGGAGCCUUUUGGAAGGUCCGCUGUACCACCCAUGUUCCAACAUCGGUCCCUUUUUGAUGACCCCUUUUUCAACUCUCCUGCUGCCAUACGUCCUCCAGUUGAUGUAACAGAGGAAGGAGACAAAUACAUCAUAGAAGCUGACCUUCCUGGUGUCAAAAAAGAUAAUGUCGAGAUCAGAGUAGGUGAUGCUGGCCGUAGUAUCACCAUCCAGGGUAAAACUUCUUCUCGCCAAACCAAUGGCGAAUCAGACACCACCGCUGAAACGAUUGACAAGAAUUCAGCUGAAGGAGCUGUAGCAAAGGCUGAGCCGGGCACACAACUUGCGGUAGAGCGCCAAUAUCCGGGCAGCGCGACCUUCAUUCGCACAGUCUGGCUGCCUCGUCCUAUUGACAGCUCUAAAGUGUCUGCAAAGCUCCAGGAUGGUAUCCUCACUAUGACCACCCCAAAGGCUGAAGAUCAGGGGAGCGUCCAGAUUCCCCUCGAGUGA